GUCUUCUAUUGGCCUCAGGCUGUGGAAUACGAAGACAUCAUGAAUGGUAACCCCUCAGAGGAUCCCCAGGGACUCCGACAUAACCUGAUUGAGGAAGCAGCUAAGUUUUUGAUUAAUCCCAAAGUUGCCAGUCAUGCAGAAGACAAAAAAUCAGCAUUUCUAAAGAAGAAGGGGCUAAAUGAUGAAGAAAUAUUGGCAGCAUUUUCAAAGGCAAGGGCUUAUGCCACCGUAGGAAAGGGGGAGAAUGUAGCUGCUCCACCAGAACUGUAUGCAGGUGCUGUGAUACCUGCAUACAGCCCUCCCUCUGUGUGGGCAAAAAUCAGGGAGGUUUGUAAUAUUAUUUUGAUCCUGGCAGGAGCUUCAUAUGGGCUUCAUUAUGUAUAUCAGAGAUAUAUUGGCCCAUGGCUGACAGGAAGGCGGCAGAAGACAGUGGAGGAGAGCAUGGUGGAACUACAACAAUCAGUAGUGUCAGUACUGAAAGAGGUGCAGAAUACCUUAGCUUCCCUUGAACAGACUCUUAGUGCACAGACUGUACAUAUUCAGGCCCUUAAUAACAGAGAAGGGAGUCAAGCAAGUACAAAACAGAUAGAUCAAUUAAGGAAUGAAGUUUCUUCUCUGAAAGGACUUCUCAUCAAUAAACGGACAUUUCCAUCAACCCCAACCUUGGCACCGUCCAUUCCCUCCUGGCAGCGGAGCAAGGCAGCAGAGAAGCCUGUGGAGGCAGCUUCUGAGUCUGCUGUCUCUUUGUCCAACCAGGCUCAAAUCAUUGGGGAAGGAGAUUCCUUGUGGUCGGCCUCCCACACCCAAGAGUCCAGUGGUAGUGAAGCAAAAGGUGUUGGAGAGAUUAUACAAGCUGCAGAAGUAAGGAAUGGGGAGGGGAAUGAAGAUAUCCUGCAGCAGAAAGAAUGUGAAGUUUCAUCAGAAUUACCUCUGGAGUCUACCAGGCCAUAGGAACAUUAAGUUAUAGGGAUGAGGGUGACUGGAUGAGGUUGCCAUUAACAUGACAUCAGGACCACCAGUGCUGCUACCACCCAGAGCAGUGUGAUGCUUGAAGCUGGCGAUUCACUCCCAAUCAUUCCUCACUGUACAACUGCCACAACAGCAAUGGAUGAAACCUGGUUCCCUCUAAUUAGGAAACAUGAACCCAAUUUUGUCACUUGUGUAUACUGUAAUAAAGAUGUAAAUUAAAAGAA